GGGAACGAAAGAGCAAUUACUUUUGAAUGGGUUUUUAGAGAAUUCCUGAAUGCUAUGGGAGGCAAACACCCUCAGACAAUAAUCACUGACCAAGAUUCAGCCAUGCAAAAAGCAAUCAAAGCAAUAUUCCCCAAUACUGUCCACAGAUCAUGCAUGUUCCACGUCAUUACUAAGGCAGAGAACACUCUUCACCCCACCUUUCGUGCUAAUGAAGGUCUGUAUGAAGAUUUCCAUGACAUAAUAAGCCACUCCUUGACAGUACAAGAAUUUGAGAUGAUGUGGCAACAAAUGAUUGACAAAUACAAGGUGGGUCACUUAAAGCAAUUCCAAGACUUGUGGGGGUCUAGGACGAAAUGGGUGCCUGUCUACUUCAAGACAAACUUUUUCCCCUUCUUACAGACCACAGCAAGGAGUGAAGGCACAAACUCACUUUUCAAAAGAGGUGUCGGAGUAACAUACAGUAUGACAAGUUUCUUAAAGGAGUAUCAAAGAAUUAUGGACUCAAUCCAUUCAAGGGAAGGCGAGAGCAAUCACAACGCAAAACACAAAAAGGUUCCAGAAAAAAAAUUCAUAACAAAAUACUUCAUAGAGAGACAGGCACAUGAUCUUUACAACAUAUACAUAUUCAGGAAGUUCCAGAACCUUCUGAAUGAUGUCACACGCUUACAAGUGAAAGAGGAGAAGAACAGAGAACUGUACCUUGUCUUCCAGGCCAAGAAUUAUCCCAUAAAAGAGCUCCGAGAGAGGAUUUAUGUCGUCCAAGUUGACAUGGCAAAAGAUGAGUACAACUGCGUCUGCUGCAAAUUUGAAAAGGAUGGCUUGUUAUGCUCACAUGUGCUGAAGGUUAUGCUUCAUCAAAACAUCGACAAAAUCCCAGAGAAGUACUUCAUAGACAGGUGGCGGAAAAAUGAAAAGAAAAUCCAAACAAGCAUCCAGCCAGAAAGAAUUGCUAACAAUGAUACCCUUAUGUACAAUGUGUUGUCACAGAAAUUAGUUCAGCUAGCCUCUAAAGGAUCGAAAAGCAAGAGAAAGUACGAAUACCUUUUGAAAGAAAUAGACAAAAUAGAAGAGGUGAUGGCUAAAAUGGAUGGUGAAGAAGAUGAAAUGCAUGAAAACAACGCAUCAAGAAGAACUGUGGUGAAUCUGAAUACAACAUCAACUGAUGAAAACACACACUCAACGAUCCAACUACAAGACCCUGAUGUUGCUAAUACAAAGGGAAGACCAAGACAUUUGACAAUAAGAGAAGCUAUCAAGGCAAACAAAUUCUACAAGUGCAGCCACUGCGGAAGCACACAACAUACUAAGAAAAAUUGCCACAACAAGCAUCUGCAAUACGACUUACCAAAAACUAAGAAGACUAGAAGAUCAAAGAAGGCUGGCCAAGGUGAACAAGAUCCUGGCGUUACCUCGGAAGUGUUAGCUGCCAAGAAACCUUCGAAAAGGCGCAAGAAAGCUUCACCUAAAGCUCUGGAUAACCAAGCUCCGCAAUCCCUGGAAACUGACAGAGAAAGCAAUGUGUCAACACAAGCUACAUCAGUUGCGUCAUAGAUCAUAGAAAAAAAGAAGUGGAGUGCAUGACUAGUGCAAAAACAAAUUGGGAUGCAUUGGAAAAAAGUGUAGCAUGACUUGUAACAGAAAAUUUUAAAAGUCUAUCCAGUCUACAUGUAUUGCAUACUAAUCUUAGUUUGUUACUAUUACU